GUUUUGGUCUACACCUGAAGUGUUUACUCGUCGCUUCAGGUGCUAGUGGGAAGCUGGAACGAAUGGAUCGGGGGUCACCAAUUUACAAUUUCUUAUCGCCCCGCUCUAAAUGCUGCCGUUAGCAAGGGUACUGCACGGUGUACAGUUCAAGGGGGAAAUUUUUCUUUUGGUACUGACUCCUGCGCUCAACCGCUAACGUUGGCUGCGCAACGGGAUUUUUUCCAUGAAUUCUUUCCUGUCUUAAAACGUACUUCAUGUGCCUUGGACGUCCCCGCCGUGCUGUCUCCGGCGGGAGGGCGGACGUUGGACGUGAGGCGAGUGCGUUUGUUAUCAGUCUGCGUCCGCUGCACAUUUCGGAGUACUUAGGGACGAACCUCCGUCUAAUUUGCCAGUGAACUGAGAGUCGUUAUUGUGAAUCGUGUAUGUAGUUCUGCAGUCCUCCGUACGUCCUUCUAAAUUCGCCAUCGUCCCAUGCUCACAGAGCCGUGCACUCUCACAGUGCUCGGCAUGGGAGUGCACCGUCUGUGUAGGCCUGAAGCCGUCGAAUGCCGUUUGACGGGGAAUCCUUUGUUGUUUUUUUCAUUAAAAAGUACUCGGGUUCCUUUGCUAUGUUUAUGGCUUAGUGCAGGUGAAAACUCCUCCCCUCACGGUAUCUGAAGUUGCGUCUCCGUUGAGGGCCUCUUCGUCCAGCUGCUGUGGUAGAAUUUCUCCCGUUUCUGUUGUUGUUUCCCUGAUUGCGGCAACGAACGUUCCAAAUACACUCUCAAAUUAUGUCGGUUUGGUCUUUGAAGCACACUCAGAGGGCCCUGUCCUUGCCUUGCUCUCUCAUCGCAUAUUAACGUCUACGGGUGCCUGUUCCUCGUCGUUUCACGGGGGAAGGCGCGGCGGCUCCUGAACAGAGCUUUGUUGUUCUUGACCGGAAGUUCCAGAGUUUCCUUGAUUUUCCCUGCCUAAGCCUUAAAAGGCUCAUAUAACUGCAACUUGGGAACACCGAGUGCCACAUAGGCGAAUGUGCAGGUCCUCCCGACGGUUGGAAUUUCCAGUAUUCCAAAUCCGUCGCCGGAAGUACGAAGCUAGGAUCGUUCAUCUUCGACGAUUUGUCAGCGAUUCUUUCAUCUUUGAAAUUCCCACGUCACUGAGAUGCAGCGUGUAGGGGACUAGUUGAGUCUAAAAAAACGCGACAACCCUCAACGUUUUUCGUAUUGGCCCUUUCCGCAACAGUUGCUUUUGCGGUAUGUUCUCUACAAGUUUAGAAGAAACCGACAGAACGCCGUCAGAAUCACCUAUUCCUUCGUCCCGUUUUGUCAGGUGGACCAGUGAUGCGAGGCCGACUUUCAUUGUCACUAGAGCUCUGUGGGUGUCCGUACACUGUUGCGCAUGCGUCAAGGUUGUGGCACGUCGUGUGCUACUCGUGUAUGACUUAACACCAAGUGAACUGAAGGAGCCGGACUCGCCGGAAUCUUCCGUUGCCUGUCAUGUCCAGGGCCAAGCUCCUUUUCUCACAGGGUGACGAAACCAACAGCGAAGCCUCGCAUGGACAGGGACGGGUGUUUUUAUCGGAGAGGUCGGCGAUGGGUGACCCACGACAACCGGGGGCUCUGGCGUCGGGAAACACUGGGCACCGAGCCACUCUACGCCGGCCAUACUGCCAUGUGAUGCUCCUGUGUCUCUUGGCGGGUCACGCCGUCAUUUCUGGCGCGCCCCGGACACAGCCACCAGCGGGGGAGUGCCAGAGGUUCUCUCUGUGUGGAGAGACAGAUCUUUUCGACUGGCAACAAAAGAGAAUUUGUCGCGUUCCACGCUUUGUGGAGCGAUCUUCUGGGGGUAGUCCUCGAUGUGUGAACGAGCCGACGCCGGAUUCUACGGAACCAGCGCUCCGGUCCUUCCUCACGGGACGCGCAUGCUGUACGGAAUCUCUCAUCCCACUGUCUUUGGCGGUUCGUUUCCCUCUGCUUCCUACCCCCUUCUCACCCGCCCUGUUUCUUGGUGCACAAGCGGAGCUUCUCCCUUCUGCAGCGACGCACAGCUCUGGGACGGUGGUCACCUCGGGGGAAGUGCCCAGCCAGGCGGUCGAUGCGAGCCCCAGACUAAGGCCAGGAAAGAAUAAUUCUGGGAGUCCGGGUCCUCGCCUCUCCAAGCAUGUCCAGGAUAGCCGUGCUGCAGAAAACGCCACGCAGCCAGAAACUGGAGCGGGCGACCGAGAGCCGGCAAGCGAACAGGAAGGCUAUCAAAGCUUCGCCGAAGGCGACCCCAGUCCGUCUGAAGGGCGAACGGAUGUCCACGCUGAGAAGAGUCCUUCUGGCAAGGGUGAGCCGCAGCAGAGAGUGAACAGACUUAUUGUGGUCGACGUGUACGACGCACCGGCUUCGGCAGCUUCCUCGUACAAGGCCUACGGAGCGCGUCCGCACGUCCUUCGCUCUUCGCCUUCGCUGCGGUCGGGGCCAGAGCUGCGUGCUUUCAACACAACUCGAGAUGCAGAUUUCCAGAAAACCGUUUUCGAGCAACUCCCUUCAGACGGAGAAAGCCGUGCACAUCCUUUCCGUGGACAGCAAUCUCCUGCCGGUCGAAGAGAAUCGCUCGACGUGACGCACAACGCAGAUUCUGGACAGGGUGCGAACGUGCAACUGGAUAAGCCACGCGUCGACUCCUCUGGCAGCGCGGCAGCCCGGACAGGACGAGGCCCAGCUCGAGCGUCUGCGCGACCGCCCUCCGAGGCUAAGAUAACCACGGCGCUGCGCGCUUGGCCGAGUUCGCGAGACGCGUCUGAAAAGUCUCGCAGCUUAGAUUCAAGGCGCGCAACCGUUGGCAACGGCGUCCCUCCUAGGUCUCUGGAGAGGGCGAAACUGAGAGCGUCGAAUCGCGUGAAAGAGGCAGAGCGUGGCGUGGUGCCUCACGGUCGUGUUCCAAGGUCUCUUACUGGAGCACCCUCUGGUCUCGCGGGGCAACAGGAACAAGAUGAGCAACGAGCCGCUGUUUUGGGUCGUCUGGAGCCAAAAGGGGAUCCCAACACGCCUUGCGAGCAGGCGUCGACUGCUUUGUCCACGUCAGAAACCGGGAUGCUGCCCGAGAGAGCGAAUCGGAAAACAGGAGAGGCUGAACGUUCGAGUGCCACAUCGGAAGCGAAAGCGGGCGAGGCCACAGAGCCAUGUACAACGGAGCUGUCAUCCCGGCCGUCGUCUCCGUCGGCCGCCGCUCUAGGCAAGGUGUCAGGGUGUAGCUCAGAGCAACUGCCGGGGCAUCCUUUAAAGCAUUCCAAUUCGUCGGGCAGACACGUGCAUCCUAAUAAUGCCUCUCAAAGAUCUCAGUCCGCGCCUCCAGAUCGGAUAGUUCCCGGACCUGCCAGCCCAGGAAAAACUCCGCGCAGAAGGCCCUCCGACCGGGACGGAGACGGCACGCCAGGAGGCGGCCGGCGACUCUUCAGAGGCUGGCAGCAUGCGUUCUCGCGCGCGCGUCUAGGAGGCGCGUUUUCGCUCCCAGAAGACCCCGUAGCAAACGACUGGGCGCCGGACAACGACCCAAAGCGUCUCGGUGGUGCACCACUCUUUGAUUUUUCAGAACAGGACUUGAAGCGCAUGGGUUUCGAGACGCCGAUGGAGCAAACUCCAUCGCCUUCUCAAGACGCUGACGGGAACUACAGAACUCUGCCGUCUUCCAUGUUCCUCUUCGCGCCCGGCUCUCGUCGAGGCGACCCUGAGGCGGCAGCGUCGGGCCAGCGCGAUGAUGAAGGGAAAGCCCGCGGCAGGGAGGACAAACCCUUCGGGGACUUGGCGAGAAACAUCCUUGCUAACGCGGCCCGGAGGGGCACCGACGCCGACGAGAAAAAUGUGAAUGUGACAAAGGCCGCUGGGUCGCCAGAAGAGUCUUCCCGCCCACCGUUUCCGCGCUUGUCGAGUUCGGAGGGCGGCGACCAAGACGCGCUUCUCUUUGACGACAUCAUGGAAGCCCCAACGCCGACUCCCAGUCUGCUUGGGAGGUACUUGCAUCUCGACAACCAGGCGCUGAUGGACAGGUCCUCUCAAAAGAGCAAGAAGGAAUCCAGCGGCGUGUAGCUCGGGCUUUUCCUUCCCUGCCAGGGAUGUCAGCGGUCUUCAUCUCGGCAGUCGCAGCAGGCACACGGCGACACAGGUAUCGGAGGGGGCAGAAGCGUAUUUUACAUUUUCGCCUUUCUCCAUGUUUGCUCCGCAUUUUUGGGCGAGUGCGACGAUUUUGCCCUCUCACCGUCUUGUUUCAAUGUGACCGGUUUUCACUCCUUUUUUCGCGGUCCUCCGGUUCACGCACAUGGAGGUCGCGUCCUGCUCACUCUUUUCGAAUGUGAACUGACUUUCCUGCGUUCGCGCGCAAGGUGUGCGACCCCAAGUCAGCUUUUUUCUGCGGGUCAUUAGAGAGGCCUUUCGGUUCUCAGCUGAUUUUUCUGUGAACUCAGUGCAUCGGGGAAGGGUUCAGCGAUUUUGGCUUGCAAGCUUCCCUUACCCAGGAUGUGCUUGCAAGGUAAAGGCGGCCCAAAACGAAUCAGCCAUCAAUUUCACUGUAACAAUCUUGCGUGGAUAUUGUGGCAGAGACUGGUCGCAAGAACCUUUGCUUCCCUUUUUGAAAAUCUGUUCUCGGGCGAAGGGUACAGCGACGCUUGACUCUCUGUACUUGCGGGCAUUUCGCCUUUUGCGCUGCUUCUGCGAAGCUCUCCCGCUUGACGUAUACACUACCAGAGGCACGUGAGGGGCAGGCGCACUUCCGAGGUGAAAAGGAAAUCGACUCCCUAGGCAAGAGCCCCUUAACGUGCGCAGAGUGGAACAUUUUGUG